AUGUCACAUUAUGCUACUGAAAUAGCAGUCAUCACUAUAUUGUUGUAUCUUAAAGUUAUAGAAAGUGUUCAUAUUAUUUUUACACCAAAUGAUCCGAUUGUUUAUAAAGAUGUGACAGAAUACAUUCAACUUUGUAUUUUAAAUACUGACCAUCAGAUGUACUGUGAUCUGGAUGAAAAACAAGUUUAUUUUAAGUCGGCUUACUGUGAAGUUUAUCUUUUACACGAAGAUGGAACAAAUUAUACACAUGUUACUACAAUUGAGCAUAAAAUUGAAACAAGUUUAUUGAAAACCCAAGGAGUAUAUCAGAUAAAAUGUUACUUGAAGAAGGACAAAGGCAAUAUAGAAGUGGACACUUAUACAAACAUUUUACUGCUGAAUUCCUCUAAACUAUAUUUAGAUUGUUCAGCAAGAUCUAAAAUUAUUGAUUUGAAUUACUUAAAGUCUAGAUAUCCUCUGUGCUGUUAUCAUGUUCCAGUGAGAAGUAUCUGGCUAAAACUAUUACAACGAAAUGUGAAUUUAUGUCAGCGUUAUUCAUGGAAUGGUGAUGUAGUCGAUGUUUACAGUGAACUGAAGUGUUUCACUACAAUCAGUCAAAUUUCAGUUCAUGAAGAUUACAUGUACAUAGAUGAGCGGUUCGCAAAAAUAUUACCGACAAGUGUUACAGUUGGAUGUGAAAAAGAAUCAUAUAAGGAGAUUAUUUAUUUCAUCGAUCCUCCUAAGCAAACACUUGUUAUUCAUUCUGAACCACCGGGUCAUAUUCUGUUCCUGCAUUCACAUAAGUUUAUAAGUUUUUGUUUUUCUUGGACUGAUGAUACGCUAUGCAUCAAUCCACUGCCACAAGAAAACUUGGUUCAAUGUUCUGUUCAGAAAGACUAUCAACUUCCAGGGGAAGCUGAUGAGAAUUUCAAAGUGAUCUAUUUCAAUAACAGCUUUGAAUUAGUCAAUAUCAAAGAUGGAGCUUAUCUGUUCACUUGUUUCCAUAGGCCAACAAAUAUUAAAAAUGUCUUUCAUAAAUUUAUUUUCAAAUACCCCAAGUACAAAUUGAACUGUAGUAUGUCACCCAACGUUUUGUACAUUAAUUCUAUUAACCUGAAAAAUAUCACAAUUUGUGAAUGGAAGCUAUCCCCAUUAUCUACUGAAUGGAGUUCAGUUUUGCAAGCUCAUAAUUUGCUGGAGAAAAAUUUCACAUGUUAUUCGAAACCUGACAACUUAAAGUUUCACCGCGGAUUAAUGUUAACCACAAAGUCAAAUUUGAUCGCUGGUUUGUAUAGUGUUCAUUGUUUGGGUACAUUUGUGACAAAAAACGUAAUUGUAGCCGAUAAAGAUGAUGUAAAAUUGGUGAUUUCGGGGAAAAAUAAAAUAUUCCAUCUUCUAGGUGAAACGCAUACAUACUCAUGUGCCGUGAAAUUUAUUUAUAAAAGUCUAUAUGAAUUUAACCAUCCUAAACCUGUAUGGAUUAAUUUAAAAGACAUGGGUACAGAAGUACUCGGAACAGAUGACAUUAAAGUCUUACAAACUAAUGCAGGAUGGCACUAUUAUGCAUGUGAAUUUAGCACUUACGGUCUUAUUGUUAAGGAGUUUCUUCACUUUAUUGUAUUUGAUAUAAGUAAACAUUCAUUGACUGUUGAAGAAGAUGGGAUUGAAAGAUACUUUUACAUUGUUGACUCACCAAUCUCAGUUAGAUGUCAUGCUGGUAACAUAGGCUAUCAGCAUCUGGAGAGACCGUAUUGGAUAUUACUGUCGGGGAAUGUUACUUAUAAAAUAUCGAAUAGAUCAAACAUUUUACAGAAAAGUUCAGUAAUCAGUUUACAUAAUAAAAGUUUCUUUUACGGAACUUUUCAGUGUAAAUUAAAAAUUAAAAAUGUCUGCUUAACUAAAAUUGUUGUAUUUGUGAACUUAAGGGGCAGUAUGCCUGACAGACUUCUUCGUCGACGUUAUAUUUUACCAAAUUCAUUACAAUUAACGGAAAAAUUUUCACUAAAACAGUAUACACAUCAUGAAUUAAGAUUUCUCUCAGAGCCAGUUUGUGUAAGUUAUGAUCAUAGAAAGGAGACUAUUGAAUGGCAUUGCCCUUGGAUACGUACAGGUGUACUUCACUUUUGUGUUGAACACACUGAACAACAGUUUAUUUUAGACAAAUUGUACUGUAAUGAUACAAAAGUAUUUUAUUUAGAAAAUGUGUAUCAAGUAUUUGCCCGUUUGGAACCGUCAGAAAUGUAUUUUCAUUAUGGAGAAAAAAUUCGCUGUAAAUUAAAUAAAAAUGUUACUGUUCAUGUGGAUGUAAUCAUGAUGUUUAAAGUUUACCCCGAAGGCUUACAUCCAGAGAGAUAUUAUACUGAAUGGGUAACCCUCGAUCAGACUUUUCCCAGUGGCGUUUACAUUAUUCGUUGUACAGUUAUCGUGGAGUACAUGGAACCGUUAUCGACAGAAUCUCUUAUUAUAAUAAUAAUUAAUGUUAUUAUCUUUUUAUGUAUCCAUAUAAUUGAAGACCCACCAACGAACGUUGGAUUUUAUAAAUCACCACAUGGCUAUCGUUGUACUCAUAAUGGAAUGCCCAUUGAAAAUGUUAAAUACAAUAUCAAAGUUUUGAAUGCUACAUUUGACUUUGAAAUCAGUGAUGACACUGUAGUUAUUGACGAAUACACUCUCCUAGGUGAUUAUAUUGUGAAGUGUUCAGCACUUGUCAGUCAUCCAUUCAAUAAAACAUAUAAUCUUAGUCGUAUAGAAGUAUUACGAAUAAAAGUGGUGUACACAUGUGUUGUAGGCUUACAAUGCAGAUGUUGUUUUGUUUCCUCCUUCUUUUCCAACAACUUCUAUGCAAUUUCUUAUCUUGGAAUCAAAAAUACCACCAAUAAAAAAUAUAUUCAGAUACACGAAUUUCUAGAAAUUAAUCAUUUGAUCGAUUCAGAUAAAGAAUAUCAAGAAAUUGUUCAUCAAGCGAUUCAUCGGUUCGAUGAAUUAGUUGCUUUAAUAAGAGCAGUGAAAAUAAUAGAAGAGAGAAAAAGGGAUACAAGGAGUACUUACACAGAAGGAUUGAAUGGUGACAGGCUACUUGACGAUGAAGUUAGUGAUUAUAUGAAGGUCACCAGUAAAAUUGAUAACAACGUAAUCAAUGAACAAGGAUUGCAUAAAAUGUCAUCUAGAAGGCCCUCCAUUCUUCUGGAGGAUACAAAUCCACUACAACGGCGUAAAUUUUCAAAGUUUGUCGGCAUAGUUUUGCCGACGGAUACUGAGAUUGAAGAGACAGACAACACUUUUGAAGGUUAAAAGGUUAGAAAUGCUUGUCAAUUACAUAGCAUUGAAAGGUGAGUAUCUAGUCGUUUAUAAUAGUAUUCACGCCUUAACUUGUAAUGAAGAGAAACAAAUAUCUAUGUUGAAUAUAAAGGAUAAAAUAAUUCAAGAUUUAUUCAUAUUUAGUGUUAGCGAUAAUAUUUCAGAGUAGUGGAUUUAGCGAACAGAGUUUCUUUUCUCAGGAAGUGUUGUUU